AUGAGGUGUAAGAAACACUUACCGGAUAUUUCCAGCACCGUCGGCGUUUGCGCCUCUUGCCUCCGUGAGCGCCUCCUAAAAGUCGUCGAGAGUGAGGCGCAACCGUCACGUGUCUCUGUCUCCGAAACAAAACCGCCGUUGCAGCCUAUUUUUCCACAGUCGGUUUCUCCGUUCGUUGCGCACCGGAAAUCAGAUGAUCGACGGCAGGAGGUUUUGUUUCAGAGCACACCGCAUGGUGAUCGUAGAUUAUCCGCCGCGUGUGACGGAGCUGCAAAGCAAUCUUCGAAGAGAAGGAUAAGGAGAUUCUGGAUUCUGUCAGAUUUGUACCGUCCAAGAUCUAGUAAGACGGAUAAUUCGUCUGGUGAAUCGUGUGAAGCGUCGUCUUCCGUUUCUCCUCGUUCGUUGACGUGGCUAUCGAUGAUCCUCCCUGGCCGACGGCAAAACAACCGCGUUAGAGAUCAACGGAGGUGCCGUGAAUUGGACCGCGGAGCAACACCGGUGGAUAAUUUCGAAGGACGGGAUCAAUCGGAAUUAGAAACCUCGUUGGAAUCUUCGCCUUAUAGAAAUAAGACGACGGCGCCGGUUACUGCGCGGCGGUCACGGCUAGGUUACGCGGGAAAGAGCUUAGCGAACAUGGCACUGUGUUUGAGUCCGAUGGUUCGGGCGAGUCCGAACCGGAACUGGAGUAACCAUAACCAUAAGGGGUUUUCUCAGGAAUUGGGUGUGGGUGGGGUGCAGCAUGUAUCAACUACAGCCUCAUUUUGCACCAAUCGAUCAAAGAAGCUUGUUGAUUUGGGAAGAGUCACUCAAAAUCACAAACGUUGA